AUGUUGCAUUUUCAGACUGUGGCUUUCUUCAGUGCUGUUGAUAUUGACCAGUGUCUACGGAAGGAAGUAAAUCUAGACUGUGUCACACCAUCAAACCCACAUGGACUUGAAAAGGGCUAUGAUAUACCACAAGGUACAGCUCUAGAUAUACACCAGAUAUUAGAGAAAACAGGAGGUAGUCUAAAUGAAGAGGUACCAGAGACUGAACAAAACUUUACACAGUUUAAUGAUACUGAAUUUAUUGAAAGCAGCGGAGACAGUUCCGAAGAGAAUAUGGAAAAUAAUGAAACUAUUUCUGGGACAGUGCAUGCAUGAACUACUUUAAUUGCUAGAGCUGAGGUGUAAUAAAUAUGAUUAAUUUUGGACAGCUACUGAUUUGUCCAGUAUGUAGGCACAUACAGGUGCCUCACAAUGUUAACAGUUGUUGUUUUGAGUGGUAUUUGGUACUGCUAUAAAGCAUUAUUAUACAUGUGUUU